GAUUUUCAGAUUAAUUUUCAGGUUAAUUUAUGUGUGAUAUUGGUGAAGCAGUUGUUUUAUUCAGUGGAAUGGAUAUUUAAAGUAUUUAAAGCUCUCUCAAAUCCUCCACAUGUAGGUGAGCGCAAGAAUGAUGAAUGAAGACUUGUCGUCCUCUCAUUGCUUUAGAUAGCCACUGAUUCUAGCUUUGAUGUCACUAUUUGUCAGGUUUUAUUCUACACAUGUACCGUACGAACCUGAAGGUUCUUAUACUAUGUGUGGGUAUCUUCCCUCUUCUUCUUACAGUAUACAACAUUGGAAGAUGUGAUAUUACUAGGGAAGACGAUAGCAUUUACAGGAAAGAAGUGUCGUCACAAAUCGUCAAUGAGUUUGAAGCUUCUGUGGGGUUUCAGCCCAGGGUAGCCCAGGCCUACAAUCACGUGGAAAGGAACAAGCCAAUCAAAUAUGAAGAACUUGAGUGUGUCAUCAAUGGAGACUACUCCAUAAUGGGAAGAAAAGAGGGGAAAGAUGUUUACAUGCCGUUUUCCUUCAUUCAGAAAUAUUUUGAGGUUUACGGCUCGAUUGAAACCUCAGAUGGAUACGAGAGGUUUUCAUUCCAUCACAGCUACCAAGACGAUUUUCCCUCUGGUCCUCAACUUAAGUACAACCCCAGUGGUGUUUUCAUGUCGUUUGAUCAAUAUAGCGUAGAAGACAGAAAUAGGGUCAAAUGUGUCUCUGGCGUGGAAGGUGUUCCUAUAUCAACACAAUGGGAGCGGAAAGGUCACUAUUACCCCAUACAGAUAGCACAGUACGGUUUAAGUCACUAUAGCAAAUACCUAACACAAUCAAGACCGAAAAUAAAAGUUUUAGAGGAUGGAGAACAAACUGAUAUAUCAGACUGGUUGCUUCCUGAUCGCAAAUCUGAGAUCCGCAGCAGGAUGGACGACAGAACUUCGGUGGAUAAUGGUGUAGUGGAAUUCAGGACAUCAACAAACUUGAAAAAUCCCGGAAUCAGUAUUUCCACAGAAAAAGAAAGGAUGUCGACAUUAUCAAUGGAUAUUAUGUUUAUAAAUAAUGGAAGUGUGACAGUAUUAAUUCAGACAGGAGAUGGAAAUUUGUUCAAUAUUCAUUACGUGCUUAGUGAUAGCAUAAUUAAAAUAAACGGCAAAGACAUUUAUUAUGGAAUUGGGUUGCAUAAAAAAGGAAAAUGGAUUCACUUAACGAGACAAGUAAUGGUAGAUUUUCAAAAAGGAUUAACAUUACAAUAUUCGAAAAAUCGAAGUAGCAAAAUAAAAAAUGCAGCCCACAUUGCAGCUAUUUGUGUUCGUGGUCAUGGCAUAAUGGACAAUGUGACCCUUCAUAGUCAUGCACACAAGGAUUUGUUUUUUGAUGCUGCAAAUUAUUUUGUACGGCAUCAAGAUUCCAAGGGUGGCUGGCCAGUAAAAGUGACACGUAAACUGAUUCCAGAAGUCAUGGAAUUAGAGCCAGGGUGGUAUUCUGCAAUGGGUCAAGGACAGGCAAUUUCUCUUCUUGUACGUGCAUAUGUGGCCUCCAAAGAUCGGACUUACUUAGAUGCAGCGGGUAGAGCGCUGGAUAUUUUUGAAAUUCCAAGUUCUCAAGGUGGCGUUUUAGCAAAAUUUUUAAACAAAUUUUAUUGGUAUGAAGAAUACCCUACUACUCCUAGUAGUUUUGUGCUCAAUGGAUUUAUCUACUCUUUACUCGGUCUAUAUGACCUUAAAGAAAUAGCAGUCGGUAGGAUUAAAGAAAAAGCAGCUGAGUUGUUUGAAAAUGGGAUGAGGACGUUGAAAGCAAUGCUUCUCAUAUUUGAUUCUGGUACAGGGACGUUUUAUGACCUUCGACAUAUCACUACAGGUCUUGCACCAAAUCGUGCUAGAUGGGAUUAUCAUAAAGUUCAUAUCAAACAGUUAUACAUACUGAUUGAAUUAGACAAUGAUCCACUUUUUCAAAACACUCUUGAACGAUGGAAAGGGUACAUGAAAGGGAAACUUGCCCCUCACAAUUAGAAACUGAAAGAUCAAUAUACAUGUUACUUUUUUGUUGUUGGAAAUUUUAAUUUCAACCUGAACUUAACUGCACUUUUAUUGUUCAUACACCGAAACUUUCUAUUAUUAUUUACUGAAUAAUUAAUGACAAUUUAGCAAUAUAAGUAAGAAAGUUAAUAAAAAUAGAAUUGAAUCCGGUUUUUUUUUAAAAGAAUUUCUGUUUUGUUAUUCAUAUCUGGCCUAAACUUGUUCAAAUUGACAAUAUGUAAAGAUCCAUUUUGCAAUUUGAAGACUGAUCGUCCUCUCAUUGCAUGGGAGGCUGUCAUUUUUUUUUUUAUCGAGAUCUGUUUUUAGCAAUAUCGACAACUUCUGAUUUAAUUUUGCAGGAAAUGAUGAACAUUUCAAACAGUUUCAAUAUUUUAGUUUGCAUCAAACCCUGCCAGCAUUAUGAAGGUUAUUUUUAUGGUGCUUUGUUUUGAUAUUUUUGUACAUAAUAUAAAGUAAAUUUUCAAUGAGAGUUGGCGUAGUUAAAACUUUUCUUACAUGUUACAUUCCAUAUUUGUGCGUUAUUCUUAUGCUGUUAAAUAUGAGUUUCACGAGAACUAAUGCAACGUAUCUGUUAUGAAAGUGUCAGCAAAAUGUUUUCGUGUAAGACGAUAUUUUUCCUGUUUUUUAAUUCUAUUGCAAUACUUUGUCUCCCUGUGGUUUAUGUUAUUACAAAUAAAACAAUGAAACCUUUAA